UUCCAUUCCUUCCGUCUCCAGGUCAGUUGCACUACUCCGUCUUGCUUAACUCAUUGCUUCUUCUACCAAUGAUUUCAACACUCUCGGUCUGUCCUCUUUCUGAAGAAGUUGAAACACUAGAUUCCAUCAAGUAUUUCUUCUCAGGUCCAAUAGGCCUUGAUGGGGGACUACCACGGCAUGGAGGAUUUCAAACUCCAUCUGAUUGAAAGCAUCACAGACAAUUUUGCAGAUGAUAGAAUAGUUGGCAGCGGCGGGUACGGAGAUGUUUACAAGGCGGAGCAUAAGGGGAAAGAGAUUGCCGUGAAGAAACUUCAUCCCUUUCAAGGACUUGAUGACAAGCAAUUCCAUAAUGAAGUCCGUAACCUUAUCAAGAUCCGCCACAAGAAUGCCGUACAGUUGAUUGGGUACUGCUAUGAAUCACGGAAUAAAUACAUCGAGCACAAUAAGGAGCUCGUUUUCGCGAGAACGACGGAGCGAGUCAUCUGCUUUGAAUAUAUGGAGGGAGGAAGCCUCGAUAAACAUAUUACAGAUGAACCUUGUGGGCUUGGCUGGUCUACAUGUUACGACAUUAUUAAAGGCACCUGUGACGGCUUAAACCACCUUCAUAGUGUGCAGGCGAAACCAAUUUACCACUUGGACUUAAAACCCGGUAAUAUAUUGCUGGAUAAGAGCAUGAUGCCCAAAAUUGGAGAUCUUGGCUUGUCAAAACUUGUUGCUUCCACUGAAACACAUAAAACAGAGAUGCUCAAAGGAACAAAUGGGUAUAUGCCACCAGAAUACAUUGAUGGUGGCCAUAUAUCAAAGAAGUUUGACGUCUUCAGUCUGGGAGUUAUAAUACUAAGGAUGAUGGCAGGGAAUAAGGGCUUCUUCCGUUGUUCUAAAACGCCACCCAAACAGUUCAUUGACCUCGUAAGUGAAAACUGGAAGGAAAGGUUGCAGGCAGUGUCGCGGGAUUCGUCAUACGAGAUGGACACACUUCGAGUGCGUAAAUGCGUUGAAAUAGCUCUAAAAUGUGUGGACACUGACCGAAAGAAAAGGCCUACUAUCCAGGAUAUUGUCCGUGAAGUGGAGGAACUAGAAGCUGAUAUUGAGAAAAUGAUGUCAGCACCUUCUCCUGAGUCAAAAGAUCUAACUGUCCAGAGAAGCUGUGAUACCAAUGUUCUAUCGGUGGAUCCAACCCUGCAGCUGCGGUUCGUCUUGGAGGCCAGGAAGGAGACGUCAUGCUGCCUGCAGCUAAUCAACAAGACAAACGGCUUCAUCGCAUUCAACAUAAAGAUUAACCAGGACAAGUAUCGCGUGCAGCCAAGCCAAGGGACCAUGCAACCGUGCUCCUGGCGUUAUGUCAUCUUGACGCUGCAAAUGCAAGAGCCGGGGCCGCUCAACAUGAGGUGCCACGACAUGCUCCUUGUGGAGAGCGUCAGCGUCACCCAAGACUUGGCAUCAAAAGAUGGUGAGAUUGAUUAUCAAGAAUUGUUCAAGACGGCCAUGGCGAAUCAGGUGGUUGAUGUGGUGAAGCUGCCGAUCGUUUAUGUUGCACUGGACCAAUAGUCUCAUCCACCAAGAACUCCUUGAGGUUGUUAAAAUCCAAAAAAAAAAUGAAAAAAAAACUUGAGUUGUUUGCUAGAAGGUGUUCUCUGUGUUCUAUUUCAUACUUUCUUCUUUGAUAACUAGAUGAUACCCCGCACGUUGUUGCGGUAAGUGUAGCGUGGGACAUGUUAGACAAAUGAAA